AUGGACGACAUCGAGAUGAAUGGCUCAAACGAGGCUCCUAGAGCUCCUCCAGCUCCUCCACCAGAUCCAAUUGAGCGCCCUCCCUCGCCACCACCACCACCUCCGGAGGAUUCAGGUGCUCCUCCGCCGCCGCCAGAUGCUGCAGCCCCUCCACCUCCUCCAGAUGACAGACCACCUGCGCCACCUAUUGAAACGACCAAAAAGAAGCAGGGGUGGGGAUCUAAACGGCCAGCUCCGGCUCCAUUAAGCGUGGAAGAUCUUAUUCGCAAGAAAAAGGAAGCAGAAGCUGCGGCUGCAAAGCCGAAAUUCUUAUCCAAAGCGCAGCGCGAGAAACUGGCGCUAGAAAAGCGGGCGAAGGAGGUAGAGGCUGAGCGGCAGGCCAAGGCGCAAGCGAAUGGGGCUGAUCGAACUGGGUCUUCAUCCCGGACACCAUCGAUCAUAUCAGAAGAAACGGGCAGUGAUUACAGGAACUCGAAUGGUAGGGUACCAACAGGACCACGCGCAAUGCGUGGGGAUGCCCCAUCAGGACCAGCUGCUAUGCGGGGCCGCAAUCACGACAUGGACCCUCCUCCGCCUCCACCAAAGGGAGGGAAGAAGUCUCAGGGUGAAAAAACUCUUACAAAGAAGAAUGAAGCCGAGACAGAGGCAGAAUUAAUCAAGAAGCGAUACAUGGGAGCAGAACAAGCCUCAAGCUUCUCAGCGCAAAAGAAACGCAAGCGCACUACAGACAAAAAGUUCAAUUUCGAAUGGAAUGCCGAGGAGGAUACCAGUGGCGACUACAACCCAUUGUAUCAACACCGACAGGAAGCAAAUUUCUUUGGACGAGGCCGCUUGGCUGGAUUUGGGGACGAUGUUGCAGACAGUUUGACGCGCAAAUACGCGCAAGCAAUCCAAAGUCGGGAUCAAGAAGCGGGCGACAUGCGCGCGAAGGAAAUGCUGGACAUGGAGCGCCGUCGUCGUGAGGAGAGCACACGACACCAGUUGGACAAACACUGGAGUGAGAAGGAGCUGAGCCACAUGCGUGAGCGUGACUGGCGUAUCUUCAAGGAAGAUUUCAACAUCGCCACAAGGGGUGGCAGUGUACCCAAUCCGAUGCGCUCAUGGAAGGAGAGCCAGCUUCCUCCGCGCUUGCUAGAACUUAUCGAUCGUGUUGGUUACAAGGAGCCCACUGCUAUCCAGCGGGCUGCUGUUCCAAUCGCAAUGCAGUCGCGUGAUCUCAUCGGUGUUGCCGUGACGGGUUCCGGUAAGACUGCUGCAUUCUUGCUGCCACUUCUUGUCUAUAUCUCGGAACUACCUCGCCUUGAUGAGAAUGAGUGGCGCAAGAACGAUGGGCCCUAUGCUAUUGUUUUAGCUCCUACUCGUGAAUUGGCCCAGCAGAUUGAGAUUGAAGCCAAAAAGUUUACACAACCUCUUGGUUUUAAUGUCGUUAGUAUUGUUGGUGGUCAUUCACUCGAGGAGCAAGCCUACAGUCUACGCGAUGGUGCGGAAAUCAUCAUCGCUACUCCGGGUCGUCUGGUCGAUUGUAUUGAGCGACGAAUGUUGGUCCUUAGCCAGUGCUGCUAUGUCAUUAUGGAUGAAGCAGAUCGCAUGAUCGAUCUAGGCUUUGAGGAGCCCGUUAACAAGAUCCUCGACGCUUUGCCCGUCACCAACGAAAAACCCGACACUGAAGAAGCCGAAAAUCCGCAAACUAUGAGCCAGCAUCUUGGAGGCCGUGACAGAUACCGCCAGACUAUGAUGUACACCGCUACCAUGCCAGCGGCCGUCGAGCGUAUUGCUCGGAAAUAUUUGCGGCGUCCUGCCAUCAUCACUAUUGGUGGUGUUGGUGAGGCCGUUGACACAGUUGAGCAACGCGUCGAAAUGGUUCCUGGCGAAGACAAGCGGAAGAAACGUCUUGGCGAGAUUCUCACGUCUGGCGAAUUCCGGGCUCCUAUCAUCGUUUUCGUCAACAUCAAACGAAACUGUGAUGCCAUCGCCCGAGAAAUUAAGCAGAUGGGCUUCUCUUCGGUUACUUUACACGGUUCCAAAACACAAGACCAGCGUGAAGCUGCCCUUGCCUCCGUCCGCAGCGGUGCCACGGAAGUAUUAGUCGCAACUGACCUUGCUGGACGUGGUAUUGAUGUCCCGGAUGUUUCCCUCGUCGUCAACUUCAACAUGGCCACAUCGAUCGAAAGUUAUACUCACAGAAUUGGUCGUACCGGACGUGCAGGAAAGAGUGGUGUCGCCAUCACGUUCCUUGGUAACGAAGAUAGCGACGUUAUGUACGACCUUAAGCAGAUGCUCAUCAAGUCACCCAUUUCCCGCGUUCCCGAAGAACUACGUAAGCACGAGGCUGCGCAGUCCAGGCCCAAUCGCGGCCCCGGAAAGAAGAUCGAGGAUAGUUCAGGGUUUGGUGGCAAGGGCGGCUGGGCUUAA